CCUGCCACAAGACCGAAAUAAUAUACUCAACAGACAAGGAAUGGCUAGAGAAAUACAGGCCUGAAGCUUUACCUGUUCCACCAUUUGAUCGAUAUAUCUACAUGCUCGCGGACCAUGUUAUGAAAAAAAGGCUCGAGCCUGGUGAGCUUGGUUUUGAUGGUUAUCAGCCUGACCUGUUGACAAUUUCGCAAAAUUAUGAAAAUGAACUACGCACGCUGGAGAUUGUUCGUCAGUACACGAGUAUUCCAGCACCGAAGCUCGUACACAAAGGGAAUGGGUAAGUAGUAAUUCAAGUAUGGUUCAAAAGUGUAACUAAUUGGAAUAGAUUCAAUGUUUUUGAGAGAAUCCCAGGCGUCACGGUUUUUAAAGGUCUAGUUUGGGAUAAUACACCAAGACAACCCUUCUAGUCUACCAGUAUUAUCACAUAUGGAUUGGGAUCUCUCAAACAUUGUAUUGCAUCCAAAUCUGGAUGCAGUU